UGGUCAGUGGUUUGGAUUAAAAAAAAAAAGGGCGGUUGGAGUGGGGAUAGGAUCAAUGAAAAGAGAAAGAAAUAGUCGAGGACAGUGAAAUAGAGAGGGACAAUGCGCUUAAAGCGUGGGUAGGAAAGGAAUGGGAAUAAAUGUAGAAGGUAGUAGGUAUAUAGCAGAAGGAAAGGAUCGGUGGGAGUUGAUCGAGAUGAGCCAUAGCUUGUUGGAAGAGUGAAGGGAAAUAAAAGUCAGGCCGGUGGUAAGUUUUUCGAUCCAGUGACACCUGUUGCUUCGUAAACGCGCGAGUGUGUUAAAUGUAAGCAUGGCGGGAUCCUCGGAGGUUAGAACUCUCAUGUGUCGCCACAAAGCGUCCCUCCUUCGCGAAUUAAAUGCUACAAAUUUAUUGAAUGUGUUGGUGAAACGUGGAGUGAUUUCGGAAGUUGACAGAGACGCGGUCGCUGGCAGUGCAGAUCGGUCAAGCGAAACCGACAUCGACCUUUUCAUCGAUGUGAUCGGCACUAAAGGUUUUAAUGCUUUCCGGGAGUUUUGCUUCGCUUUGGAGGCUGAGUGUCCCCAUGUUUUGACUGAUCUUCUCGUGGACCAUCACGGAGUUAACGGGGAUCGAAAUUCACAACAAAAAGAAUCUCUUCUAGACGAAGAGGAUUUGGAUGUUAAAAUCGAUACUAUGGGACAAUCACCAAUACCUGUUAAAAAUACAGAGGAACAAUCGCAAAGUAUUAAUGGAAAUGUUGAUCUUAAUAAUUCAUCAGAUAGUGAGAAAAAAGAAAGUCCGGACGUGGAAACGAGACGUUGCAGCGAUUCUAGUGAAUUUCAAGAAUCUUCAGGUACAGGAGGAAUUUCUGCUUCUCAAAUUACAGUUCCAGCUCCAAUAUCAGUUCCACCUGUAAAUCACCAUCGGGAAUCCUACUUUCCUUCCAAUGGAAUUGAUUCAAAUUCGGAUCCAAUUCUUGAGGUGUUGGAGGAACCAGUCGACGAACCGGUCGGUGACCGAGGAUGGGAGGUCCACCACGUUACGGUGACCAGGGUACCCGGAUAUGGCUUUGGAAUAGCCGUCUCCGGAGGUCGUGACAAUCCACAUUUCACCAAUGGUGAUCCUGCAAUAGCAAUUUCCGACGUGCUCAAGGCAGGACCAGCCGAGGGCAAAUUGCAAGUAAAUGAUCGCAUUAUCUCUGCCAAUGGAGUAUCACUCGAAGGUGCAGAUUAUGGAGCAGCGGUUCGUGUUCUCAGGGAUUCUGGAUCCACUGUUUUACUGGUGGUUAAAAGAAGAGCAUCUUCAAAUUCACCAGGAUCUCCGGGAAGCAUGGCUCCACAAACUCAUCGUCUCACUCUCACCAGGAGCAACAAAAAAGACGAUUUCGGUAUUGUUCUCGGAUGUCGUCUUUAUGUUCGCGAAGUCACACGUGAGGGUACGGGUGUUAAACAGGGCGAUAUUUUAACACGAAUUGGAGGUGUGGCCGCUGACAAUAUGAGUUUAAAAGAAGCCAAAAAACUUAUGGAACAAUGCAAGGAUCGUUUGUCGAUUGUCGUUACCAGAGAAGCACCAUUAAACUCUCACUCGCAUCAGCAGAGUAAAGGAGAAAGUGGAGAUUAUCUUUCUGGAGCUAGUUAUAGUAGUCAAAACCUUUAUGUACCACCGCCAACGAGACAACCAAUCGAAGACAAAAGCAAUCUUGCUCCAAGAGGUAGAUCGAGAGGUCCUUUAAUGGAAGUGUCCUUGAGUCAAUUGGAUUUACCGGCUACACCGACUGUCGAUCCUCCUAGACCGCCACCUCCAAGGCCCGAGGAUUACUACAGUUCGAGAAGACAAUUGUAUGAAGAAGAUCCUCUUGUUCAAAGAACAAAGCAGCCAAUGCCAGAUCCACGGUUUAUAACUUUCCAAAAGGAAGGUUCUGUUGGAGUUCGAUUAACCGGAGGAAACGAGACUGGAGUUUUCGUCACUGCCGUUCAACCCGGAAGUCCUGCGUCCCUUCAGGGUUUACAGCCCGGGGAUAAAAUUCUGAAGGUGAAUGAUAUGGAUAUGAAAGGAGUGACGAGGGAAGAAGCUGUACUCUUUUUACUCAGCCUACAAGAACAAAUUGAUCUCAUCGUUCAACAUAGACGACAAGAAUAUGAUCAAAUCGUCGCAUCUGGACGAGGCGAUUCUUUUCACAUUAAAACACAUUUUCAUUAUGAACAACCAGACAAAGGUGAAAUGAGUUUUCGAAGUGGAGACGUUUUUCAUGUGGUGGAUACAUUGCACAAUGGAGUUGUUGGCUCUUGGCAAAUUUUCCGAAUAGGAAGAAAUAAUCAGGAAGUGCAGAAGGGAAUUAUUCCAAAUAAAGCACGAGCCGAAGAAUUGGCCACGGCACAGUUUAAUGCAACGAAGAAAGAAUUAAGUGCCAGUGAAAGUAGAGGAAGCUUCUUUAGAAGAAGAAGAGGAAGUCAUCGACGAUCAAAAUCUCUCGGAAGAGAUCAUUGGGACGAUGUUGUUUUCUCCGAUAGUGUGAGCAAAUUUCCUGCAUACGAACGUGUUGUAUUGAGACAUCCUGGCUUUAUUAGACCUGUGGUAUUAUUUGGCCCUGUGGCUGAUCUCGCUAGGGAAAAAUUAUUGAAGGAUUUCCCUGAUAAAUUUACGUCACCUCAAAUGGAAAAUCAAAUGGAGGAAAAUAGUGGAAAAAGUUCAAAAACCUCGGGAAUAAUUCGUCUGAGUGCCAUUCGAGAAGUAAUGGAUAGAGGAAAACAUGCACUUUUAGAUAUCACACCAAACGCUGUCGAUCGUCUUAAUUACGCUCAAUUCUAUCCAAUUGUCAUCUUUUUGAAAGCUGAAACCAAACAGGUCAUCAAAGAAAUGCGAGCUGGUAUUCCAAAAUCAGCACACAAAAGUAGUAAGAAACUAUUGGAGCAAUGUCAGAAGCUGGAUAAAAUUUGGGGACAUACAUUUAGCGCUGUUAUCACGCUAACAACUCCAGAAUCUUGGUAUCGAAAACUCCGAGAAUUAAUCGAUCGACAGCAACAAGGUCCUCUUUGGAUGAGUCAAACGAAGCCGGAAGAGGCCCUCUCGGAUGACUUCCUGUUCCCGAUGACUUCACGCCUCUCCUACGCAUCCUCCCCGGAGAGCGAUUUGGAAUUAAGCCCCGCACCUCCCCUUCCUGGCGCUUUGGGACAACCCUCACGCCUGAAGAGUAGCUCAGAUCCCAGCAUUGCUACUCAGGAUGACACCGUUGCUCCUCCGCCGUAUACAACCAGCUAUCAGGCAUUUGAUCAACAAAAGAGAAGAUCGCAAGGUGGAGUGGGUGAUAGUAAAUAUGGAUUUUCACAACAAGGACAGGGCAAUAAUCAAUCACAAAUGCCAUCGCAAUAUCCUGGUGGUGCACCUCAACCUCGAUCUCCUCAUCAAGGUCCUCCGGAUCUUCCACCUCGUGUUGAUAGAAAUGCGAAACCUAAUACUCAAACUCCACGUGGAACAAUUGGACGUUCCGCUCAGGAACGACUUGUCAAUAAGACUGAUUCAGUUCUUGACAUGGGCAAUUAUAUUAAUGCUACUCCUCAUCGAGCAAACACCACUUCUUCUCUUGAGAGGCCUCAACCAAAAUCGGGAAGUUAUGAUAGUGUUUCUUCCUAUGAUUCUUACAAUACAAAUGGAAAUACACUGUAUCCAAUGCCGGGUUUAAAUACUUCUACUGGAAGAUUGGGACCAAACGUUCCUGACGAUUUGAAAAGCGGUCUUUCCGUUUCAAAACCUCAUGAUCCCUACAGAUUUACGAGAUCCACCGCUCAACCAAUCCCCGCCCAAGAUCCUCAAAUACGAACAGAUUACGCUAAGUAUAGUCGAACGGAAAAUUAUAAACCAGUUCCGCCUCUGCAAGGAAAACCAGGUGGGACUUAUAAACCUGUACCACCACCAAAACCUAAGAAUUACAGACCACCUCAACAACAGAACAUUGUUCAGGAUGAAAAUGGAGGGAGUAAUCUUUAUCAACAUGCAAAAAGUUAUUCUAUCGCGACAUCACACGUGAUUAAUGGGACGGAAAAUGGCGGCAGCGUGCAAAGAAAUAGUGGCCAAUAUUAUUACAAUAUUCCACCGCCAAAUCGAAGCAACGAAUCAUAUUCGAUGAAUUCAAAUCAUACAACGAAUUAUGCCUCUCCUCCAACACACAAUUAUAGUCUUAGUCAUUCACAUCCACAUUCCAGUCCACCGAUGAUGACACAUUCGCAUAGUAAUAGCGCCAGUCAAAUUGGAAUGGGACACACUCACAAUCGAAAUACAAUGAAUCACAAUGGUCACAGUCAUAGCAAUAGCCAUGGAGGUAAUUCCGGUCAAAAUUCAAAUUCUGCAAAUUCUGGACAUAAUAGAGAACCCAGUGGAUUGGAUCUUGCUGGCAGCAGGGAACAACGCGGCAGUGCCUUUGAACUUUAUCGAAAACCAUUGCAUCAUCACAAUAUGAGUCAUAGGUCGAUGGGGAAGGCACGAGGAGUAUUUGGUAGCGAGGGUGGUGUUUUGGAAGGUCCAGGAGGUGUCUCGCUGACGAUACCUCCUGGUGCACUUCCCCCCGAUACGUUUCAAGAGAUCUACUUCACAAUAACCGCCGCUAAUGCAGUUGAAAUGCAUUAUAAUACUCUUGGCCAAAGGUCCUCGAUCUCCCCUCCUAUGCACCAUGGUGAGCAGAUGCUGAGUCCCUUAGUCGAGUGUGGACCACGAGGCCUGGAGUUUCGGAAAACAGUCGAAUUGAGGGUUCCUCAUAAGGCAACUCCAGCACAUCGCCUGGCUUUAAAAGCCACUGAUACGGAAAAUCAAGAAAAUGCCAAUUGGUUGGAUGUCAAAUUACCGGAUCCAUCAUCAGAUCAUAUUAUCGUGAAACUUGAUCAUUUUUAAAUACACAUUUAUAUAUAUAUUAUAUAUAGUUGUUUUCUUCAUCACUGAAGAAAAUUUUUUUAAUAUUAUAAUAACAAGCCAGACAAUUUAACAGGAAAAAAAAAUUCUCUGUGAGAAUUUCAAUUAUAUUUGUUCAAAUAAUUAAAAAUACUUGCGCGAUAUGAGUAUUAAUUCCUUGAAUGAAUUGUGUGUUGUCACGAGAGAUAUGUAUUUUUUUUUUUUUUUUUUUUUUGUUUUAACAGCCGUUUUGCGAAUGAGAGGCAAUUAAAGGCUGAGAUACCAAAUGAGCGAGAGAUUUUGUCGCACGUUCUGUUGUUUUUAAUUAUUUCGUCGAAUUUAUUUUCCUUAAUCUUUUAUGUUUUUAAAACUGUCUUGCUCGUUAAAAAAUACAAACUAUGUUCUCUUUUUUUUUCUUAUAUCAAUUCAAUCAAACGUCAGGACGUCGAUCGUUAAAUAGCCUAAGAAUAACGAUGUUUGUGAUUUUUUUUACAUUUUACAACGGUUUUUUUUAUACCAAUAACUUGUAAGGAGACUUUUUGUCAAGAUUUAUUUACGUUGCAUUUAUAUAUUAUAGCAAAUAACUAACGAUCUGCGACUCCAGUGAUCAAAAAAAUUUUAAUAAUUCAAAAAAAAAGGUUCUUAUGCCAUUUUAUUUGUAAUUAAAAACACUUUGUGUACUUAUAUAGAAAGUUUUUUUUUUAAAUUAAAGUAUUUUAAUGAUACUUUAUAUUAUUAUUUUUUUUAAUGGAAAAAAGUAUUUUUUAAUAUGUACAGUGAUUUUGUUAUGUUUAUGCAAAUCGACAGAUUUCUGUUUAAAAAAAACAAAUGGAAGAAUAAAAAAUUGUACAGCUUUAGGGGUAGUGAAGCCGCAAAUCGAUAGUUUUUUUUCAAGCGAUGUUAUGAAUAAUAAAUUUGUAUGCUUAACUUUAAUGCAAAAAUCUAUUACUAUAUUAUAUAAAAAGCUCAAUUGUUAAUUAUUAGCAAAAAGAAAUACACUGUAACAAAAAGUGUUGAGUCUAUCCUACACAAGGAACGAUUAAAUAAAGAAACGCUUUCAUUGUUGAUGAA